CGCCGGAGAUCCCACAUGAUGUGACGAAAUCGAAUUAACUUCCAUCAAAUAAUCCAUCUAGAACUUACCGUUUUUUGCCGAAGCCCAUAUAACACCAUCGACUGCACGCCCACCCUUCCUCCCCCACAGUCACGACCACAAUGCGAAUACUACGACCACCAUCACGACUCCUCCCAUCGCGACCAUUGCCGCGCUACUACCAUGCCGCACCAUCAUUCACCUCCAAAGCGCCCGAAACCCAGAGUUUGAACGAAUGGUGCAUCUCUGCCGAAGAGGAGAUUUGCCGGCUGGCCGCAAAACCUCCCCGCAGCGUGACUCUGACAGAUUUGAUACGCUUCGGGCGCCCUCCGCUCUCACCGCAAGCACUCCUCAACAGCGCGCGCUUCACCCGCGAAAACCUACCGAUCCGGCUGUCACGUCGAAUCCAAGCGCUGCGGAACCUCCCGUUCAUCAUCGUCUCCAACCCGCACAUCUCUCAGAUCUUCGACAACUACCGGCAAUCACUGCGGGCGAUCCUCUCGUUCCCGCAGACGUGUCCCACCACGCCCGACGAGGAGGCACGGUUCACCGAGAUCCUAACGGACAUCGUCAUGACGCACUCGAAUACCAUUCCAACGCUGGCGCGCGGGUUUAUCGAGUGCAGGAAGUACACUACUCCCGCCGAGGUGACGAAGUUCCUCAACGAGCACUUGCACGAAAGGAUUGGCACGCGGUUAAUGGCGGAGCAGCACAUUGCGCUGCACUUGGCGAGCACGAGCAGCGAUGUGGAGGCGACGGCUAUGGGCGGCGACGGUGACGGAGAGGGCGGCGCGCCGAACACGUAUAUUGGCGCGAUCGACACGGCGCUGCAGCCCGCGCGGCUGAUCCACAGCUGCAGCUCGUUCGUCGGCGACAUCUGUGAGCUGCGCUACGGCGUGCGGCCACAGAUCCACGUCGACGGCGACCCCGACGUACGGUUCCCGUACAUCCCCGUGCAUCUGGAGUACAUGAUUACGGAGCUCUUGAAGAACGCGUUUCGAGCGACGGUCGAGGCCGGCGUCAGCGAGCCCGUGCUGAUCACAAUCGCCAAGGACCCGUACUCCGAGGGUAUCUCACUCCGCAUCCGCGAUCGCGGAGGUGGGAUCAGCCCCGAUGACAUGCCGAAUAUUUGGAGCUACAGCUUUACGACUUUCUCGGAGGAUGGGGAGGGGGAGGAGCAGGAUGCGCUCGGGAGGUUCAAUGCCGGCGUAGCUAGUGCCGGCGACGGCAGCAGCAUCGCUGGAUUGGGGUAUGGGUUGCCGCUCAGUAGAGCUUAUGCAGAGUAUUUUGGAGGGAGUCUGCAGCUGCAGAGUGCCUAUGGCUGGGGAACAGAUGUGUACCUCAAGCUGAAGGGGGUUUCCGCUGCAGCUUGGAAUGGGUCGUGAUGAUAUGGAUUUAUGUAUGGAUUUUGGUUUAGCAUGGCGUUCGGCUGGGAGUAUCUAAUCGCUUGUUUUGGGUGCAUUUGUGGAGGAGUCGGUGGGAAUUUAGAGAAUGUUAUCUACUACGGAUGUGAAAAGUGCGUACCUACGUGAAGAGUGGUACUUCGUUGAGCCAACUCCUAGACUGAUGAAGCUAUUGCUCUCGGGGGGAGGGGUAGAAUACCUUCUGAGG